AUGAAGGCUACUUUCUUCAUAUGCUUCCUCACAACAUUCACCUUCUCUUGCUCAUCCAAAACCACCACCACUACUGGCAGCAUAAACUGGUGGUGCACUCAAACCCCAUACUACCAAACAUGCACUCGCUACAUUGCCGAGAGUAGCCCCUCCACCGCGAACAUAUCUAUAAACGAGUUCCUAGACAUAACUGUAAACACGGCUAUAGACGAAGCACGCGUGGUCCUGAAACGCACCCAAGGGAUCGAGGCCCGUACUAACCCAAACGGUAUAGAAAAAAUCUUAUGGCAUAGUUGUGCUGAUUUCUUUGAUGGGAUCGUGUUCACACUGAACAUGGUCCUUGACCAUACCCACCAACCCAACCCAGAUGACAUCCACACGUGGAUAAGUGCUAGUAUAAUCUACAUCAACAUGUGCGAAAAAGGGUUUGAGAUGAAGAACAUAACCACCGACUUGUUACCCAAAGUAACCACCAAUUUAACACAGCUACUACUCAACUCUUUGGCUAUUAGUGUUGUUAUCAAGGGUGGUAAUCCUCCUGGGUUGCACGAAUUGAACUUUGACAACGAGUUAUACAAUUUUUUGGGUUUGGAAACAGUACAGCCAAACGUGGUGGUGGCUAAAGAUGGCUCGGGAAAUUUUACAACAAUUCAAGAAGCUGUAAACUCUAGGGGCCAAGGAGCAUCGGGCCAAAGGUAUACAAUUUACGUGAAAAGUGGGGUGUAUGAAGAAUAUGUUGUUAUCCCACAAGAGGCACCGCUUAUUACCAUGUAUGGUGACGGAAUUGGUAACACCGUCAUCACCGGCAACCGGCAUUUCAAUGGCAGCGACUUGAAGGGAACGGCCACGUUUAUUGUAUGGGGUAAACGAUUUAUCGCUCUAAACAUGACGUUUCGGAACACGGCGGGGCCGGAAGCUCAGCAAGCGGUGGCGUUCCUCUCAGGCUCCGACAAAUCAGCCUACUACCAGUGCAGCUUUGAGGGCUACCAAGACACGCUAUAUACUUUCCAUUCCAGACAAUUUUACAAACAAUGCCAAAUCUUUGGAACUGUAGAUUUCAUUUUCGGCGCCAGUCCAGCCGUGUUCCAAGAUUGUGAUAUCUUGUUGAGGAAACCACUACCCGAAGGAGGGUUGGUUGUGACGGCUAACGGUCAGAAAUUCAGUAAUCUAAGCGGCGGAUAUUCGUUUCAAGGGUGUAAAAUACAUGCUGCAGACGAUCUUAAGCCUGUUGUAGGCCAAUUCGCAAAAGCCUUUUUAGGAAGACCAUGGUUUCAAUACUCUGAGACAGUUUAUAUGGAAUCUUUUAUUGAUGAUUUGGUGGACCCGCAAGGAUGGCUUGAUAGUUGGGGUUACAAAGAAACUGCUUAUUGUGGGGAGUAUAAGAAUUCUGGACCAGGUUCAUCUACUGAUCAAAGAGUCGAUUGGCCUGGUUUCCAUGUGAUAACAGAUCCAAAUACUGCCAAUCAAUUCACUGUUGCUGAGUUCAUUAAUGGAACCGAAUGGCUUCCUACAUACGGUGUGCCUUUUGUAUCCGGGCUUGAAACUCUGUAA